AUGUCGGCAGUGCAAGAUUUUCUUGCCUAUUUACCUAAGUACUGCCUCAGUCACCUCCCAUGGCACUCGCUUUCCACUAAUAGCUCUGCCACAACCACGAGCACCAGCCAAUGUUAUGUCAACAAGAGAUUCUUGCAGCAUUCUCCCUUGUCACCUGUGGAAUGGUGUCAUCAGCACAUUAUCCUCGACAUCUCAAUUAUUCGAGGAAAGUGUGCCUGGCGAUGGCCCAUGGUCCUCUAUUACGUUUGUUGCAUCUGCAUGCUGCUACACACUUUCUCCAUUGCUGUCAACGGGAACGCUAUCAGCAAAAUUCCGCCAACAGGUUGUAUGAAUCUCUUAGGGUAUGUCAACGCCACCUGCCACCCACCCAAUGCCGCCACCAGCCACAGCAACCAGCCAAGCACCAGCCACACGUCAACGGUACCUUCCAGACGCGCCACGAAGUCUGCAGCAGCAACGACGACGACGAGAAUCAAUGAUGGAGGAACGAGUGCCACCAAAGCCAGUCGCCGUUGCCCACACACACCACACACCGACCAUUGCCACGUCACCCCACUGUGCAUGCCGUUUUGA